CAACUGCACAACUAUGGGCUGUAAGCUUGUUAUGGAGAAGUUGCAAUUCAACACGACACAACUCGUUACUCGUCGUCAAAGCUCGUAAUCCGUGAUCAUUCGUGUCGAUCUGAUUGUUCGGUUAACUAACGCUUGUCCGCCUAGUCGCUAGUGUACCUAGCAAGUGUUUAUAUCAUAAUCAAUUUUAAAUGAAUUCUUCAAAACGGCAAGUCUUCGCAAGAUAAAUAUUGUUUUUGUUGAAAUGUUUCAGUGUAACGUUUGUUCUAAAAGAAUUUGGUUCUGAAGUAUAAGCAAGAUAGAUUAGACUUAUAAUCUCACAUAAAAUGGAUAUGAAACAGGCUUCAAGCACUAGCAAGGAUCCUCAUGGAAGUAACGGGGGCCCAGUUGCAGAAAACUGGUGUUACACUCAAGUUAAAGUAAUAAAGUUCUCAUACAUGUGGACAAUCAAUAAUUUUAGCUAUUGUAGAGAAGAAAUGGGAGAGACUUUAAAAAGUUCUAUGUUUUCAGCUGGCGAAAAUGAUAAAAUGAAAUGGUGCCUAAGAGUCAAUCCAAAAGGUUUAGAUGAAGAAAGCAAAGAUUAUUUAUCUCUUUAUUUACUUCUUCUUUCAACAAACAAAAAUGAAGUUCGUGCGAAAUUUAAAUUUUCUAUUUUAAAUGCACACAGAGAGGAAACUAAAGCAAUGGAAAGUCAGAGAGCUUAUAGAUUUGUCCAGGGAAAGGAUUGGGGAUUCAAAAAGUUUAUCAGGAGAGAUUUUCUACUUGAUGACAUUAAUGGGCUUCUUCCUGAAGAUACUUUAACUUUGUUUUGUGAGGUUAGUGUGAUUGCUGACUCAGUGAAUGUCUCCGGAUCAUCAAGCCAAACCACAGUUAAAGUACAAGACUGUAAUUUAGCUUCACAAUUAGGUAAUUUACUUGAAACUGGACUGUUAUCAGACGUCUCAUUAAUGCUAGCAGAUGGUAAAACCUUUAAAGCACACAAAGUUAUAUUAGCAGCAAGGUCUCCAGUAUUUGGUGCCAUGUUUGAACAUGAAAUGGAAGAACGUAAAAAUGGCAGAGUUCAAAUACUGGAUGUAGAAUCAGAUGUUUUUAGAGAAGUGUUGCAGUUUAUAUAUACUGGAAAAACGAGUAAAUUGAAUGAAAUGGCACCAGAAUUAUUGGCCGCAGCUGAUAAAUAUGCGAUUGACCGUCUAAAAGUGAUGUGCGAAGAAUCAUUAUGUAACAGCUUAACUAUAGAUAAUGUUUGCAGUAUUCUUAUUCUUGCUGAUCUUCACAGUGCUAAUAACUUGAAAGAUUAUGCUGUUGAAUUUAUAAAUUGCAGUGCAAGUGCUGUUACGGAGAGCAAUGGUUGGAAAACACUUGUUACCAAUCAUUCCCACUUACUGGCUGAAGCAUUUAAAGUCCUUGCUGCACACCAGGGACCGUUAUUGAAUGGACCGCCUAGAAAGCGCCUAAAAACUCUAUGAAAAAUAAUUUUCGCAAUCUGCAUAGAAUAUUUAAGAGAUGAUCAGGUUACGCAGUAAACCUUCUAUAUUUAAUUACAGUAUAUUAUAUUACUUAUUUUCAGUAAAAUAAGUAGAAUUUUCCGUCUUUCUUCUGUACUAUGUAUGCGUGGUGAAAUGUAAAUAAUGUACAAAUA